AUGAUUUUCGACAAUCGUCUUAUAUUUCCGCCGAUAAAUCACCCUCGUCGAAUAUUGGACUGUGGUUGUGGGGGGGGAAACUGGGCAGUCGAGGUUGCAGAGCGCUAUCCUAGCACUCAGGUAAUUGGUGUUGAUAUAUCGCCACAUCUUCAGCCCCUCGAUCUACCGGAUAACUUAUGGCUGCAAAUUGACGACUUGAACCGCUCCUUCACAUUUCCUUCUCGACAUUUUGAUUUGGUACAUUCGAGACUCGUUGCAUCGGGAAUAAACAGGUCGCGAUGGACUUCCUAUAUUCGUGACCUGGUGCGGGUAACGAAACGUGGUGGCUGGGUCCAGAUGAUCGAACUAAAUUAUAAUACUCAAUCGGAUAACGGGUCUCUGACAGAUCAGCACGCGCUCAGGGAGUGGAGUAGGCGUUAUAUCAGGUCGUUGGAAGACCUAAAAGAUUUGAGAAUUGGAUCGAGGCUCGGGAGUUUGAUGACUGCAGCCGGCUUGGUAGAAGUUGACACAACGAUGAUUCAGCUUCCAUUAUCUGCAUGGGCUCGAGACUCACGCACACGUCAAAUUGGUGCUUCCAACAGACCCAACGUUCACCAACUUUUAGAGUCAGUUGCACUCUACCCAUUCACGCAACGUCUUCAUAUGCCCGAAGAGGACUUCUGGGAUUUGAUCUCUCGAGCUCGAGCAGAAGCAGAUGAUUUGAGCCUGAAGGCCUAUUUUCCGUUGUGA